AUGCUCUCGACUCCAGUAAAUUUGCCAAAGUGGCUGGAGGAGAACUCUCAUUUACUCAAACCACCAAUCAACAACUACUGUGUCUACAAUGAAGGCUUCACUGUCAUGAUCGUCGGUGGCCCAAACGCACGGACAGACUAUCACAUCAACGAGACGCCGGAGUGGUUCUACCAGUACAAGGGCGCCAUGAUGCUCAAGGUCGUUGACGGCGGCGAGUUCAAGGACAUCAUCAUCAGGGAAGGAGACAUGUUUCUCCUCCCGGGGAACACUCCGCACAACCCCGUCCGGUUCGCCAACACCGUGGGCGUUGUUCUAGAGCAGAGGCGACCUGAGGCGUCGGUGGACCGCAUGCAAUGGUACUGCCAGAACUGCCGGGAGCUCGUCCACGAGGCUUCGUUCCACUGCACCGACCUGGGCACGCAGAUCAAGGCGGCUGUCGAGGCGUUCAAGGCAGAUGAAGAGCAGAGGAGGUGUAAGAAGUGUGGCGAGAUAGCUGAUGUAGCGCCGAAGCCAGGGUCCAUCAAGGACCCGAACUUGGAAUGA